AUGAUGGCAUCAACAAAUCCUUAUGAAAUUCUUGGAUGUGAAUUUGGAGCAAGUGAAGACGUGGUCAGAAAGGCAUAUAUCAAACUCAGCAAAAAGUAUCAUCCAGAUUUAAACAAAACAGAAGAGGCCAAAGACAAAAUGGCUGAAAUUAACGCAGCCUAUGCUCAAAUUAAAAAAGGAAGCGUACAAGAUCCAAAUACUGGACCAUUCCAAGGAACAGGAUCUUCGGAUCCAAAAGGAUUUUGGGGCAAAGAUCCUUUCGGAAGUGGAGCACACUACAACCCAUUUGACGUUUUCCCAUUCAACGAUGAUGACUUUUUAACUCGAUUAGAAAAAUAUAAAAGAGGAGAGAGAACGUGGUUUACUGACUCAGAGCAUACAACAUUUAUUGGAUUAAUGAAUAAGCAUAGAAAAGAGCAGAGAUUAGAAAAAGAGAAAAGAUACCGAGAAAAUGAAAUCAAUAACCAUUUUAAGGACCAACCUGAAUUUGUUAAGAAAAUACUUUUAAAUUCACCUUUUAUAUUCGCUCAUGCUUAUGAUAUCAAGAUGAAUGGAAUGACACCAGUGAAAGCAAUAGCUUUGGGAUUCAAGCUGUUGACCUAUGUUGCUUAUGCAGCUGCAAUCUAUCUGGUAUUUAAAGGCCUCUCCUCAUUCAUUAAAAGUGGAGCACAAUCGAAAGCAGCUCGAAUGAAAGAAAUUGAAGAUGCCCGAGUCAGAGGAGUUCAAAAUAACAGAUACCGAGUAAUGACCUCAGAGGGUAUUACAAGAGUUGGAAAUGACGGCAAAAAAGGAGUUGGCGAAGAGUACAUUCCUCCCAGAACUCAACAGUCCUACAUGAGAACCAUAAGAAAGAAAAUGGAAGAAAAAGAUUUUGAUAACAGAAAAGAGACAGAGAGUCUUCCGACAAAAGUACAGGAACAAGCCAAUACGAUGUCUAUGACUGAUGUGAAUACUAAAAAGUAA